GAUUGGGUGAGCAGCCCUGGGUGACAGGGUGACAAUGCACACAUAGACAGCCUGGUAUACAGAAUAUACUGCUCUGGGCAGCCCUGGGUGACAAUGCACACAUAGCCAGCCUGCUAUACAGAAUAUACUGCUCUGGGGUGACAAUGCACACAUAGACAGCCUGUUAUACAGAAUAUACUGCUCUGGGGUGACAAUGCACACAUAGACUGCCUGCUAUACAGAAUAUACUGCUCUGGGGUAACAAUGCACACAUAGCCAGCCUGGUAUACAUACUGCUCUGGGGUAACAAUGCACACAUAGACAGCCUGGUAUACAGAAUAUACUGCUCUGGGGGUAACAAUGCACACAUAGACAGCCUAUUAUACAGAAUAUACUGCACUGGGUAACAAUGCACACAUAGACAGCCUGCUAUACAGAAUAUACUGCUCUGGGGUAACAAUGCACACAUAGACUGCCUGAUAUACAGAAUAUACUGCUCUGGGUUAACAAUGCACACAUAGACUGCCUGAUAUACAGAAUAUACUGCUCUGGGAAACCUUCAAAUCAGCUGCUCCAUCCUAUCCUGCCCUCCAUUGAAUUUGCAGGACCAUGCCUCUAGAUCGAGACCAGGCUUGCCCCAAAGAUGAAGCUUCUGGCGAAAGUAAACAAAGUGACCACUCUGGUCCUAUGCAGGAAUCUCACCAAAAGAGAAUUCGCCAAAGCACUCCCAGCCCUCACCGGGAGAUUGCAGUCCAGCAGAGUCCACCUCGGCUUGUGACCGAGCGAGAACUCAUGGAAGCAGCUAAAGGAGUUACGAACAUGGCUUUGGCUCAUGAGAUUAUUGUUUCUGAAGGGUUCCAGAUCAAACCUGUGGAACUUCCUGAUGACAGUUUGCAGAAGAGAGUCCGGGACAUUUUGCACAAAGCAUUCUGGGAUUGCUUGGAGGCCCAGUUCAAAGAAGAACCCCCAGUGUAUGAUCAUGCCAUUAUUCUUUUGGGAGAAAUAAAAGAGAGUCUGCUUUCCUUCCUGUUGCCUGGUCACAAUCGUUUGAGAAAUCAAAUAAACGAGGUUCUAGAUUUGGAAUUAAUUAAGCAAGAAGCGGAGAAUGGAGCUUUAAACAUCCCUAGGUUAGCUGAAUUUACCAUCGGGAUGAUGGGGACAUUAUGUGCUCCAGCUCGGGAUGAGGAGGUCAGGAAACUAAAAGACAUCAAAGAUGCCAUCCCUUUGUUCAGGGCAAUAUUUUCCGUUUUGGACCUGAUGAAACUCGACAUGGCAAACUUUGCCAUAAGCAGUAUUCGGCCACAUUUGAUGCAACAAUCCGUGGACUAUGAGCAGAAAAAGUUCCAGGAAUUCUUUGAGAAAAAUACAAAUUCUCUGGAAUUUGUUAGCCAGUGGCUACAAGAAGCAGCCGAUGACCUGAUGGCUUUGCACGCAGUGGAGACUACCAAUAUUGCUGCCGAAGCGACAACUGGAUCAAUAUCUCCAGUCUCGGUUCUGAAUCAUGCCUACAUGAAACUGCUUGCAUGGAACCACCUGCAAAAGCCGUUCCCUGAGACUUUGUUAGUGGACCAAAGUCGUUUCCAGGAGAUGCAGCAGGAGCUGGUUCAGCUAACCCGCCAAGCAACCUUGCUAUUGAUAAUUCAUAACUCUGCCGGUCCUGCUUUGUUUGGGCUUCCUGGGUUUAUAGAGCGAAUGAAGUCAAUCAUCAGAGUCUUGCUAGAGGGAGUGGACGCUCCGUCCAUCAACACCAAGGAAGCUGUGGCUACACUUAGUGAGAAGAUAUGCACAGAGGUGAACAGUACGCUUACUCAACAUGGCUUUCCUCCUUUUUCAUCUGAUAACUUGGAAUCCUUCAAAGGGCAAAUUCAGACAGCAUUAUCACCUUCUAAUCAGAUCUACAAAAUAAUAGAAUCCAGGAUCCAGAAUUUUUUAUUGAGUUACCUGUCGGCCAGUAACCAGAAAUCUCUUCCUUUGACACCAGGAGGUCUGGGCCCAAUUCAACAAGAAAUUGAAAAAAUAGCGGUGAAAUUUGCACGCCUCGUUAAUUACAACAAGACAGUGUUUAGCCCGUACUAUGAUUCACUCCUGAGCAAGAUACUGAAAAUUUAACAUUUCUAGCCUUGGGGUUUAAAUCACAAAAAUGACUCAUGAAAUGUAUGUAGAUUGCCCACCACAAAAUACUUUUGAUGGGUUUAUUUUCUAAACUGUGUAUUGUGACGCGUUUACAACUGACUUAGAAAAUGCUGGUCAAAUAGGAUCGGAUAGUUUUUCCCCCUCCAUAUCUGCCUGUUUGAGAGAUCUUGGUUGAAUCUCACUGUUUAGAAAAUAAACCGUAUGGUUUUUGUGAUGCUCUGUGGGCGCCUCACGUGGGACAAAAUGUGUGAAUAUUAAAUCAAUUGUUUUAGUGUAACACCAAAGCUUGUUAACCCUUUGAAUACUGUUCUGGUGAGCUAGUGAGGAUCGUCAAUAUAUUUGAUCCUCAAAGGGUUAAUAAAAACUGCAUCAGUAUUUACUCUCAAAAUAGAAUUUUUUUUUUAAAUCAAUUUUUAGAAUACAUAAUUUUAAAACUAUAUUUUAAAACAUUUAUUUCCCCUAUAGAUUCCUUUAUGAAUGCCACCCAAAGAGGUUUAAUAGAGGCUGUGUAAUAUUUAACAAAAAAACUGCACAUUCCUGUUUAUUUUUAUUAUGAAUAAAUCUGAAACAUUG